UAAGUGACAGUUUGUUGUGGACGUCAUCUGGUCAUUUAGUGCGAAAUUGUAAAUAGAUUUUAGCGUGGCGGUAGUAAUAGUGUGAUGAAAAAAGGUUAAGACGUAUGUUCACUGCAUUUUGUAAUUAGAAUGAGAACGUAUAGUUUUCGUUUAGCAAAAGUUCUUGAUGUGGAAAAAUGUUUCAUGUGGUAGUAUAUCAUGGAAUGUAAAGUUGGGAGAACCAUAAUAAUAAGAAAAGGUUUAACCGCGCCAAAAUGUUCAAAUAUUUUUAUUCUUAUGCUGCAGACUUUGCGUUAGAAUUUUAAUUUAUUAACAAUGGUUUUGGCUUGUUUAAGUUAUGCGUAACAGAUUUUUAUUUAUUUAUUUACCCAUGCUUUAAGCCCGUUGUCAUGUCCAGAUUCUAAGUACAGUACUUAGUUUUUAAGUAUUGGUCGUGAUUAACGUAGUAAGAGGCGUAGUUGUUUCUAAAGUCGCACUUCGGAGACGAACCUCAAAGUGCGAGAAGUUGGUAUUGGGGCUCUUGUAGUUUCUCAGUCGGCCUUUCCGACGCCGGUUGGGUUCCGGUAGGGCGCGUUUCGUCGGUUCCAUGCUGUUAGCUCACUUCCAUAUAUGGUCAAGUGUGCUGCCAUUGGCUGUCGUUGCGCCGUCCUUAUCUUCCGCUGGGAGGGGAGUGGAAAGGGAGGGGUUCGCCUGGAAGAGAGGGAAGAGAAAGGCAUAUAUUACUGUUACCAGCUGACUCGAGCAUCAGUUUUGUGUGAGACGGCAGUGUGUCGAGUGUGCGAGUUAGUUUUGUACAUACGUAGUGUUUUCUAUUCCCUAAUACCUAACCAUGUGCGACGAGGAAGUUGCUGCGCUCGUGGUCGACAACGGGUCCGGGAUGUGCAAGGCCGGGUUCGCCGGGGACGACGCCCCGCGCGCCGUCUUCCCCUCCAUCGUGGGUCGCCCGCGGCACCAGGGCGUGAUGGUGGGCAUGGGCCAGAAGGACAGCUACGUGGGCGACGAGGCCCAGUCCAAGAGGGGCAUCCUCACCCUCAAGUACCCCAUCGAGCACGGCAUCGUGACCAACUGGGACGACAUGGAGAAGAUCUGGCACCACACGUUCUACAACGAGCUGCGCGUGGCGCCCGAGGAGCACCCCGUGCUGCUCACGGAGGCCCCGCUCAACCCCAAGGCCAACCGCGAGAAGAUGACGCAGAUAAUGUUUGAGACGUUCAACACCCCGGCCAUGUACGUGGCCAUCCAGGCAGUGCUGUCGCUGUACGCCUCUGGUAGGACCACCGGUAUCGUCCUGGACUCUGGAGACGGCGUCUCUCACACGGUGCCCAUCUACGAAGGCUAUGCUCUGCCCCAUGCCAUCCUGCGAUUGGACCUGGCUGGACGAGACCUCACGGACUACCUGAUGAAGAUCCUGACCGAGCGUGGCUACAGCUUCACGACCACGGCAGAGCGGGAGAUCGUGCGCGACAUCAAGGAGAAGUUGUGCUACGUGGCGUUGGACUUUGAGCAGGAGAUGGCCACCGCUGCAUCUUCCUCGUCCCUGGAGAAGUCCUACGAGUUGCCCGACGGCCAGGUGAUCACGAUCGGCAACGAGAGAUUCCGCUGCCCGGAAGCUUUGUUCCAACCUUCGUUCCUGGGAAUGGAAGCUAGCGGCAUCCACGAAACGACCUACAACUCCAUCAUGAAGUGUGACGUGGACAUCAGGAAGGACCUGUAUGCCAACACGGUGCUCUCUGGUGGUACCACCAUGUACCCUGGCAUCGCUGACCGCAUGCAGAAGGAGAUCACGGCCCUGGCACCUUCCACCAUGAAGAUCAAGAUCAUUGCACCUCCGGAGAGGAAGUACAGCGUCUGGAUCGGUGGCUCCAUCCUGGCCUCGCUGUCCACCUUCCAGCAGAUGUGGAUCUCCAAGCAGGAGUACGAUGAGUCCGGCCCCUCCAUCGUGCACAGGAAGUGCUUCUAAGUGGCUGUCCCCACAGACUUGUAUAUUUCCCUUCAUAUUUCAUUUAUGCCUGCCUCGGGCAGUUGACGCAUUCCUGUCCUUUUGCUGUUGGUACAUGACUGACCAUUCCGCAUGCGUUGCAAACAUUCCGCAGUAAAUUGUUUGUAAGUGUAAAUUUCUAUAAACAUUGUAUUAUAGUUUGUGCAAGAAGUUAUGAAGUGAUGUUUAUACUUUUUUGAAGGCUGUUUUGUUACGAGCCAUUGCCUACAAUCUCAAAUCACACUAGGCCAAAGUACGUAUUAUUUAUUUCCAUGUGCAGAGCUGAGAUUGUGGGAUCAUUUCUAAAAUAAAGAAAAUUUGAAAAUA